UGAGAUGAUGGCAUAUCAGUUCUCCACCUCUGACAUCAUCACCACCCCUCAUGAGCCGUCCUCUGGCUCCUCUCACCAGUUCCCCCAGAAUUCUCCGCCUCCCCCUUUCCCUUCCGAUUCCCCUCCCAGUCCCCCUCCACCUUACCACUCCACCCAGGACCAGGACCAGACCCCUGACAGCACUCCUCAGGAGUUUGAGGAGGAGUUUGUGGAGGAGCAAAAUAAUGCUGCAGAUGUGCCCCAGUUGCGGCGUUACUUUGAAAACCAAGGGACAACCAACUUCUCUCUGAGGCUGGCCGCUAUCAGACGUGCUAUGGAGGCUCUGACAUCCUCAGACAGUACCUCCCUCAAUGACCUCACCCAUGCUGGGAGGAUGGUGUUGAGUGGACUAUCCGAGCUCAACCAGCAGAUCGACCGCAUCAACUUCGCAGAUGUUUUUUAUGAAUUCGUUCUACUAAGCCUUCUAGAAGGAAAGACAUCUCUUCCUAUAUCUGAGCCUGGUAGCUUCCUUUAUCUGCUCCUGCAAGUCAUAAUGAGGAUUGACCCUCCUGGAGGAGCCUGGACAGAGGCUGCUGAGAACUUCUACCUCCUCGUUAAGGGCCAGAUGAAGGCAUGGCUACAAUCCAUCUUCAACCUCAAUGAGUCAAUCUAUGAAAGCCCAGAGAGGCUCUCGGGGGAGGUGAUGCGGAAUCUAGAAAUACAGGUUGAGUUCCUGCUGUCCAGCCUGGAUUAAGGUUCCCAAACUGAGCUGAGGGCCCCAUCACAAAAUAAAGUGUUUUGCAUUUAAA